AUGAAGGUGUACCCAAAGGGACUUGGCCGACCCACUUCUAUUCACAACACUGGGGUUUCACAUUUCGUAUCUCGCACCUUCAGUGCGCUGGAGGUUAUCGAUGAGAGCAUUACCACAAUUACUGGUGGCACCAAUGACAGGCAUAAUGAAUGGAAGUACCAUCAACUGGCCUCUUCGACAAUUGCAUGA